AUGCCUCCAAAAAGACCCCAGAAAACACAAAAAUUGAUUGAGCAAGAGGGUCGUCUUCUACUUGCUGUAGAAGCCAUUAAAAAUGGCAGGAUUCCCUCUAUUGCUGCUGCUGCCCGCUCUUUUGAAGUGCCACGUACUACCCUCUCAGCUCGAAUAAAGGGUCGCCAAAACAAGCAUGAUAUGUGUCAGGAACCUUCCGUGCCUCGUACUGUUUUCGAUUGCUCCCUGGCCCUUAUAGAUCGUUUUAUCGAGACCUCUAACACUGCUCACGAUCUCGAGAUAAUGAAGUUGAAAAUUCAGGUUUUAGAAGAACAGGCGAAGGCCCUUGAUGAGAAGUUCCGUAUUGACAGUAUCUUCUAUCCCGAUAAUAGAUCCAAGAUCUUGUACGCCAUAAAACAUCUCUCAAAGGAUGUCUUCAAGGUUAUAAGCCAGUUUACCACUUACGGAUCGAAUGUAACCUACCAGACCUUCAUAAAAGAGCUCGAAAUGUAUCUGGGUAUCUACUUCCUCAAGGGAGACGCUAAGAGACAGUUAAUCGCUACUCCCGAAGAGGAGCGUGUGACCAAGUUCCAAUAUACCCUGGUUCCCUAUAUCAGCAAAUCUUUUAGUCAUAAGACCUUUGAAACCGUAGCUGCUGUGCUGGACGUGGCUCGGCGCAAGGAACGCGGCAACAAAGAAGUUAAUUUUACCUUCAGCAAGAACAGCCAGCCUAAUACCUCGUUUAUCCCUGCCUUAGGCACUACCAGCGUUCCUACCCUUUCUAAUACCUUAUCGCCCGCUCCUAAGGGUCGCUCUGGCACUGGUGCAUCCUUAAAUACUUGUAGCUCUGCUUCCGCCAGUUCCGCUGUUGCACCUUUCGCUAGUGAUGGCCGCCGUUCUCGUUUCCCUUCCUCCAGUGCUAAGCCUAAGGAGGAUUGCCUAUCUCGGGGUGUUCCCUGCACUGCGCAUGCCCGCGGCUCCAAAGCUUUAGUGAGCAAGACUACGGUCCAGAUUACUGCUAAUAACAGUAUUUCGAUCGUUUCUGCUAGACAUUUUAUUUCCCUAGUGAGUUACCGGGAUCAUUACGGCUAUCUCGUUAUGCCUAGAGAUGGCCGUAAGCACCUCUGCGCCUCUACCACCAAUGCGCUAAAGAAACGAGUCCCUGAAAAAUAUCACUCUGUAAUUGAUAUCUUUAUGAAAUACGAGGCUGAUACCCUGCUACCGUACCGUCCUGAAGAUCAUGAUAUCCAGUUAGUAGAGGGCGCUACCCUUCCGUUUGCAAAGAACUACCGUCUAAUGACCGAACAGAAACUUGAAGUUAUUUGGAAAUAUAUUCAAGAGUUACUCGGCAAAGGUUUCAUUCGCCUAAGUUCCUCGCAAAGUGCAGUACCUCUGUUGAUCGUCCGUAAGCCUAACGGCAGUCUGCGGGUCUGCGUUAACUAUAGAGCCCUGAACGAGCUCACUAUUAAGAGCCGCUACCCUAUCCCAUUGAUUAACGAGACCCUCAACCGCCUGCGGCGGGCGAAAAUCUUCAGCAAGGUAGACGUUAUUCAUGCAUUCAAUCGCUUGCGUAUUAAGGAGGGCCAGGAAUGGCUGACUGCUUUCAACAUCCGGUACAGCCAGUUUGAAUACUUAGUUAUGCCUUUCGGGCUCUGCAAUACCCCGGCUUCAUUUCAGAGCUAUAUUAACAAUUCGCUAUUUGACUAUCUCGAUAUAUUCUGCACUGCCUACCUGGAUGACGUACUGAUCUUCAGUGAUAGCGAGGAAGAACAUACUGAGCAUGUUUUGAAGGUUCUUAGGCGCCUGCGGGACCGCGGCCUGCAGGUUGAUAUCGAUAAAUGCGACUUUGAUACCCGGGAAGUCAAGUAUUUUGGCUUAUUCGUUACAACUGAAGGCAUUCGCAUAGACCCGGAGAAGGUAGCUGCUAUUCGCGAGUGGCAGACCCCUUCCUCGGUUAAAGACGUCCUCUCGUUUGUCAACUUUGCGGGCUUCUAUCGCCGUUUUAUUUACGGAUUCUCGCAUCGUACGAGGCCGCUCACUGACUUUACUAAAGGCAGCGAGACCUACGAGACCAAGUCUGGUGCGCGUCGAAGGCCUGAACUGGCCAGCGCAGUCCCUGAUAACCCUGUAAAGGUUUAUACCGAUUACCGGAAUCUACAGCAUUUUAUAACUACCAAACAAUUGAACCGUUGCCAGGCCCGUUGGGCCGAGUUCCUCUCCGAGUUUAAUUUUAAGAUCAUGUAUCGACCUGGUAAACAGGGCGAGAAGCCCGAUAUCUUAACGCGCCAUUCCCAGGAUCUACCGCAGGGGACCGAUGAUGCCCGCGAGAAAGAACGUUUUCAAACACUGCUCCUGCCACAAAAUAUCGUUAGUUCAAGUACCGAAUAUACUGACGAUAUCGAACCUGCCCCUAUUGAACCAGAAAAUCCCGUUUUACCAGGCCUUAGCGAUCCUCCCGAUGUUCAACCGGAUAGUCAACUGGACGAGCCCCUUUCCGUUUCGCAGCCCUCAACUGCGGCUACUGAGGCCACUGAAACCGACGAAAUGCCCCUGGAGACCCUUAUCGAAGAAGCCUAUAAGAAUGACGAGAUCGCCCAAGCAAUCAUAAAAGUAAAGGACGAAGGCAGGCGCCGGCUGCCGCGUAUUGUACUCGAUUAUAGAAUUAGGCUCUCUCUAGCAGACAUUACCAUCCGGGAUCAUCGAGUUUGGGUCAGAAAACGAUUAUAUAUUCCCGAUUACAAGCCACUCCGCUACCGAAUCCUCUAUACAGUUUACCAGUACCGCCUUUCGGGCCAUCCAGGGCCUAAAGCUAUCUGCCGUGGCCAGGAGUUUCGCCACGUUCUCGUAGUAAUUGACCGUUUGACUAAAGCCAAGAUUUUCGAGCCGCUGGUUACUAAAUUAACUGAAGAGCUUAUAGAGGUAAUGCACCGCCGGGUGUUCUGCACACACGGGCUACCGCGAUCGAUCGUUUCGGACCGUGGCAGCGCCUUUACUAGUUAUUUCUGGAAGCGAUACUGUGCGCAGUAUAGCGUUAAGGGCAAGCUAUCAACAGCCUAUCAUCCUGAGACUAAUGGGCAGUCCGAGGCAGCCGUAAAAGGCUUAAAGAAUUACUUUCGGGCCUAUAUCAAUUACGCGCAAGACAAUUGGGUUGAUUUUUUCCCUGACGCGGAGCUCGCUGCUAAUGAUCAUAUCUCUGAAACAACUGGUAUGACUCUUUUCUUUGCGAAUAACGGCUUUCACUCUCAUACUGGGGUUAAGCCGCCUGGUUCUCUGCCGCACGCCACGUAUCCCGAAAUGGAGGCAGCCGAUCAGCUUGUCUGCCGCACUGAGGCUAUCCAUAAGUUCUUUCGCAAUGAGAUUAUCUGGUCCCAGGAGACUUACGCCCGGUAUACUGAUGCCCAUCGGCAGCCCUAUCCCGCCUACCGAAUCGGUAACCGCGUAUAUGUGAAUGCCCAUAAUUUCCGCCUGCAGCGUGAGAGUCAUUCGCUCGCCCCGAAAGCCCUUGGCCCGUGGCCGAUUACUCGAAUUAUUGAUAAUAAGGCCUACGAGCUGGCCCUGCCGGACUACAUGCUGGAUGCCGGGAUUACACCUGUAUUCCACCCUUUCUUGCUGUGCCUCGUUCCUCUCGCUAAGGACGCUUACCCCGGUCAAUAUGAGGACCCCCAGGAACCGGUCGUGAUCGUAGAUGUUAACACUGACGAAACCUAUCUGGAAUGGCCCGUUCGCGAGAUUGUUAACUGCCGCCAGUUGCGCCACGGUAUAGAAUAUAAGGCUUUAUUCGAAGGAAAAUGGGGUGACUGGAAUACGGAUCCUCCGUGGCAGCCCUGGCAGGACUUCAAGAAUUGUGUUGACCUCGUACUGGACUAUUAUGUUUGUUACCCUGAUAAGCCGCUGCCGCCGGCCUACUUCCUGGACCCGCCGACUGCCUCUACGGCCUCAUUAUCGUCGCCUACAGGCUGA